GUCACCCUGACACUGUUACAAAACAACAAGUGCUGAGAUGCAGCCGAAACUAAAAGCCGGUGGGGGAAUAUUCUCCUUUUUCAAGACUGAAAAGGGCCGGAAGCUGGUCUUCUAUGCGGCGGGAGCCACCACGGUUGGCCUCUUCGUGGGCAACUUCGUGCCGCACACGUUUGGCCUGAAGUAUUAUCGGGAUUUCGUGCAGUGCUAUCAACAUGGCGUGGCGCGGCCAGUGCCAGAGGCAGUGCAGCAGCGCCUGGAGAAGGCUUUGGAUCAGUUGGGCCUAACCCCCUUUGAGCGCAAGUUCGUGAAGCCAUUCACCGUCUUUGGAUUCGAUCUGUUCCAGGCGGGCACCACCAAGUUGCGAUUCGGAGGCGCCCUGGGCAUUCCCGUCAACUAUGGGUACGGCAGUCCGGAGGAGAUUAAGCGGGCUGACAUUCGCUUCAGGGACCAACAAAUCAACUGGAGUUCUCCCAGCGGAAAGCUCCUGGAAGAGGCCAUCGUUCUGAAUGAAGAUGAGCAGAUUUUUGGUUUGAGCAAGGCGGUGCUGCAGCUUCAAACUCAUCGGGUGCUCCUAAACUCGAUCUUUCCCAGCGUUAGCUUCCUCAUGGUGUACACCAUGGGUCACUUCCUGAACCUGCGCCUCGAUCUGUUUGCACGCCAUGGAAGCGUACGCUUUGUGCUUUACAGCAUUCUGGGACUCUUUGGCCUGGGCGUCUGGUCCUUUAUGAAGGACUACAACCAGGUGUCCACGGACGCAGAGAUUGAUAAAAGGCUAGCCAGCAUGGGAGCCCAGUUCGUGGCCGCCGGAGCCAGCUACUAUGAUAAGCAUUUAAAAAAGAAUAUCGCCCUGAGGGAUCUGAUUGGUGACGACACCUACACCGCCCUGGGCAACGAGAACUACAUGAUUCGCCAGAAAUCCAUGCCACUGACAGCCCGGAAAUCCUUCUUCCUCGAGAAGCUGGAGGAAAUCAAGAAGGCGCAAGAGCUUGAAACGCAAUAAACAGAUUUAUUGUUACGUUUUUAUUGAAUAUUGAA